AAUGUCAUUUUUUAUCGUCAGUUGAAAGCAUUUAUUAGACAUUUCGAAAUUUCAAAAUUAACAAGUAUAUUAUUGCAAGAUUAUUUUCUUUAUAUUCAUAAGAAUCACAUGAACAAAUUAACACAAACUAUCACUUUUACAGUAUAACAACUAUGUCUUGAACAUAUAUUGGUUUUAGUAAAUGAAAAACAGAAGUUGUUACUUAUAAUUGUAAAAAUGCAACCAAUAUCUGGAAAGAAGCAGAAUUUUUUGUUGGACACACAAGAAAAGAAAUAUAUUAAUCAUUCUAUACAUUCAAAUAAAGAAAAUCAUUAUCCUGUGCUAAACCGUGCUGAUUUUUUAAGAGAAAUAGAUGAAAAACAACAGCACAUUUACAAAAUUAUAUACAAAGCUUACCAAGAAAUUGAUAAUUAUAAGACACAUUUCCUACAAGAAGUUCCAAAUCAACAACAAAUAAAAGAAAAAGAAAAUACAUCCUUAACAUCAAAUAAAAUUCUAAAGAAACAAACUGAUAAUAAAGUAGUAAGAAUUGAAAAUUUGAAUCUCCCAAAACAGUUGUUUCAACCUAACAAGAACAAACAAAAUGAUAACUUGGAAAUGACUGAAAAUGGCAAAAAUUACAGUCACAGUAUCAACCAGAAGUCUUCAAAUCACAGCUUUGAUGCCGUUAUAUCUACCAUUGAAAUUAAUAAACAAGUGGUUGAGAAAUUUGAUUCGAUAUUAAGUGAUAUAAGAAAGAGUAGGGAAACAAAUAAAAUAUCGAAGACCUUUAACUGGACAGAUGAUAUCGAAGACAUAGAAAGAGAACAAGAAAAUUAUAAAACUAUAUUGGGAUUUAAAGAGUUUAUGGAAGAAAUUUUGUCUUAUCUUGUAUACAUGUAUCACGAUUUGAUUGGUGAAUAUGAAAAUUGUUUAAACGAAUUCAAAAAAGGCUCUAACAGUGACAAUUUGAGGGAAAAGUACAAGCAGUGCACUAAAACAUCAGAGAGAAAGUUCCUUCAAAAAUUAAAAAUGACAAGUGACAUAAUAAAACAAACAUUCCUAGCUGUUACUGAAAAACUUGUUGUGGAUAAUGUAGAAUCAAUUUUAAAAACCAACCAAACUUUAGAAGAACACGAUAAUGUUUUGCAAAUUAUUAACGAACUAAAUGACGCUUGUGAAUAUAUAAGAAAAAGUAAAAAACGAGAAAUGAUGUUCGGUGAAGCCCAGACAGAAACUGAUUAUGACGAAACGAUAAGUGAUGACAUCUCCGAUAUUAACAAAUUGCAACACAGUGAAAAUAAUAGUAUGUUUAACGAUAAAUACGUUGCAGAGACCAAAAAUAAAGUAAAACAUGAAGACAAAAUAAUAAAUGCAAUAUUUGUUGAGGAGUCAGAUGUGAGAUUAAACAUUGACGAAAUAACCAAAUCAAAUCAAUUACAAGAUAGAAAGGGGGAAGACGAAUACUUCAAUGUUCACCUAACAAGCAAAGAAGAACUACUGGAGAAUAUUAAACAAGAAACAGACUUAAUGCUACAAAAUAAAUCCACGUCGAAGGAAAGUAUUAAUGGAGAUUCAACGACAAUAUUUACAAGUACAGAAAAAAAUAAUGAAGUAAUGGAAGAGACGUCUUAUAUAUCAGCGUUACCUGCAACAGAAGCAGAACUUAGCAGCAUAACCAGUGAAGGCGAAAGCCUUAAAAAUGCUUUUUCAAAUAUGACCAUAGAUAGGCAACCAAAAACACUACAAUUGGAAACUUCCAAUCAGCAAGAUCUUACAAAGUUAAAACCACAACAAGGAAAUUUGAACACAGAACACAAUUCUCUUAAACCCAACAUAGAAAGUACAAAUUUAAAUGAAAACACCAACAACUUAAAAUGUAAUCAGGAGGAAACAGAAGAAAAUAUGAACUGUAAAGUAAAACUUUCUAAAGACGAAAUAGUGCAACAGCUAAAUUUGAUUUACGAAAGCAUAAAAACGGAUUCCCAAUACAUUAGAGACCAAGGAAAUGAAAGGAGUUUGCAACCAAUACCAGUUGAAAGUCAAAUUAAAUUAGAAAAGUCUAAAUUGAUCAUUUUUGAACAACUAAAAUUUUUAUACGACAAUCUGUGUGUUAUCUAUCAUCCUUUGUAUAAGCAAAUUACAGAUGGCACAGAUAAAGAAAACUCGCUAAGAAAUCAGUUAUUUAAUGAAGCAAAUAAUAGAAAAUACGUAAUAGAAAGUGAACAAUUCCGAAAUAAAAAUUUAGAGAGCCAAACCAAUCAACAAAAAAUAUAUAGGAAAGACGAUAUGAAUAUGAUAAUUAUAAACCCAACAUACAAAGUUGACAAUGUAAAUGGCGUAAUGAAAGCUCAAGCAGUAUACCAAAUGUUGCAGCAGGAAUACCAAGAUUUAAAAACUAAAAAUAAUACAACAACAAAAACUGUAAAUGUAAACAAAGUACCAAAAGACAACGAAAAAAAGUGUCCAGAUAAGAAUGAUUCGGAAAUAUCUAAAAAUGCAACAGUGGAAAAAGACAAAAAUACAAAUAUAAAAUACGACGUAAAUGCCGUUAAAACUAGUUCCAACUGGAACAACACGAAGAAGCAAAUUGAAAAUGAACUCAAGUCGAAAUUAAAUCAGUUAAAAUCGAAUUACCAAAACCAACUUCACGAAAUAAAAAUACAAUGGGAGAAAAGGGUGAAUUAUCUUUACAAUCACAAUUAUAAAAUUGAACAAGAAAUCAUUAAUAUUGAUAAGAAAAUAGAACAGUUGCCAUCUACUGACCGAAAUCAUUUAGCAGAACUUAAGACUAGUUAUCAAGAGAUGAAGGAAGAAUAUAAAGCAUAUAUUUCUAAAAAGCAAAUGGAGAUCCAACAAGAAAAAACAAAUUUUGAAGAAGGUCAAAAACAAAUUGAAGAAAAGAUAAAACUUUUGGAACACAAAAUUGACAAACUUAUUCAAGAAUUUCAACAAAAACGUGUCCAAAAUAAUGUUCCAAACGUUCCUCUAGAAGAGAAUUAUAUUAAAGAUGAAAAACUACAGGAAUUAUGCGACCAUGACGAAAAUAAUUCGCAAUAUAUAAUGGUAAAUGAAGAACAUUCAAAAGAAAAUGGUAAAAAUGUAACAAAUGAAGAGCCGCAAAAACAAGUGAAUUACAAUAUGCUUAAAAAUAAUGUUCCAAACGUCCCUCAAGAAGAAAAUAAUAUUAAAGAUGAAAAACUGCCGAAAUUAAACAACCAUGGCGAAAAUAAUACGCAACAUAUAAUGGUAAAUAAAGAAAAUUCAAAAGAAAAUAGUAAACAUGCAACAAAUAGAGAACUACAAAAACAAGUGAAUUACAAUAUGCCUAAAUAUUUAAAAACCUCAAAUAAUGUUGAGAAUAGAGACUCUAAUAAAAGCCGCAAUAAACCUUUGAUGAAGAGCAAUGAUACAAAGGUAACAGGGCUAGAAAUAAAGUAUGACAAAAAUAACUUCAACCGCACGUACAAAAUUUCUAAAACAUUUGAUGGGGAAACUAAAUUAAAAGAGAAUACCAAUCAAAACGACAAAAAAUAUUUAAAAGAAAUAACAAAGACUCCAGUUAAAACUCAUAAAACUGUAGAUAAGCAGUCUAAACCUUCAAGAUUACCGGAAAUCAAAAAAUCAAUUAAACCUAUUGGUAAAGAUGUUGAUGAUAAAGAUCUUGGUACUAAACUCUUAUCAGCAAGUAAAACCAAGCGUGCAGUUACACCUUCAAUUUUAAAGCAAAGGAAAAACAUCAGUGAAACAAAACAUGAUUUAGACAAUAAAGAACUAGAGAAAGGCAAAAAACUAAAUAGCUAUAUAGCAAAAGAAAAAUCUCCUAUACUGGGAAGCAUAAAACAACAAAUAAUGAAACCAAAAAGUUAUGUUCCAACAAAGAAACUUCAAAACAAUAUUAGAAAAAAAAACUGUCAUGAAAUAACACAAAAUGAAGACAGUGCAAUUCUGGAGAAAGGAAUUCACAUAGAAAAUACUCCCGUUGAUGAUAAAACCACGACAAACGAUGAAGACGAUACGAAAAAAGAUAUGCUAAUUGAAAUGAUCAGAAAUCAACUACAACAUUUACAAGACACUUUACAAAUGGUUGAGUCUCAAAAUAGUAUAAAAAUACAUAUCAAUAAUACCGAAUCUUCUAAAUAUUUUGAAAAUAUGGAAAAAGAAAUAGCAAUCGUAGGAAAAAAUUUAGAAUUGGAGCAGGCAAAAGUAGACGGAGACAAUAAAAACACCAAAAACGGAAUUGUAAAAGAAUUCUCAAUGGUAUCAGUAAGUAGCGGUCACGUCGAAGAAAUCGAUACAACCAAAGCAGGCAGGUAUCUUCAUCGCAAUCUAGAUCAACUUUUAUUAGAGUUUAGAACUAGAGAAACAGAAAAAAAUAUUAGAGAUAAAUCAUCAAAGAAACACUAUUUGAUCGAUGAUGUAUCAGCAAAUAAUAUCAAAAACGAAGAUUAUUUAAGAUACAACGAUAUACCACCAUAUAUGGAAGACAGUAUUGCACCUAGAGAUAUGAUAAAGAAAAGAAAUAACUUUAAUGAUUUAGUAUUUGACUUGCAAGAGGACGAAUUAUUGGAAAAAAAUUUUAUGACUCCUACUAACAGUUUUAGUUUGAAUAGUCCAGAAUACCAAUUAGGACAUAAUGUUAAUGACAUCUUCAUAGGUGGCGGUCAAUUUAUACCAAGGAUGCCCAAAAUGCGUCAAUAUGUAUUUGGUGUUGAUACCAUCGAUCCUAUUGGCUUACAAAAAGAUGGAAAAGUAACUAAUAAGCAUUAUCAACUUUUUAGUAUGUUUGAAACUGCGCCCCUUGAUAAAUUGAGCCAAUAUUAUAGUGACCACAGUUUGUAUAAUAAUUUAAAGAAGUCAAACGGGAGCGUUGAAUGUGUUGAUAAAAUAAUACAAAAUGCAGAACAACAACUUCAAAGGUUGGAUGAAAAAUAUAAAAUCGUAAUAUCAGACAAACAUCAGGAUAAUGUACCAAAAAAAAUUGAUAGUUCUUCCAAAUAUUUAAAAAUAGAGGACACCAAUGACAUAUUAAAAUCAGCAGAAAAACAGUUACAAAGGCUGCAGAAAUACCAAUCUUUUGAUGGAAAUAUUCCUCACAAAAACAAACUUAACCUCUAUAUAAGAGAUGAAAAUAUAAACAUUUUAUCACUUGAAAAUUUAACUGACAGACAACAUUUAGAAGAAAAAGGAUCACUUGAAAUAGAGCACAUUUUUCAUUAUGGGGGAAAACCACAAGAAAGUUUAAAAGGAAACGAGAAAUCUUAUAAAGAAGGAAAAUUUGGAAAUAUUGAAAUUGUAAAAUCUAAAACUGAAAUAUUUUCUAGUUGGCCAGAACGACAAACAAAGAGGAACAAAAGUAAAGUUAAAGAUUGGGGAGAUGUAUCGAAUUCUAGACAAAGUAACUUGAAGAGAGUUAGUCUCCCAAACCAAAAUCUGUGGGAAGGCAAAAACUCAUUUGAUGCAAUACUAAAUUUAGGACUAGACAACUAUACAUUAUCGGACAAAUUAAAUUCUUCUUUAAAUUCAGAUAAUACUAAGAAGAAUGAUCCUACCAAGCGAAAGCUUUAUAACAUUAGAAAGUGAAACUUCCAUUGAGUUUUAAUUUGAAAUAAAUAAAGUCAAUUUUAGUAAGAU